CUGCCAGGGUUUCAUGCUCCAUUUGGUGGAAACCCAAGUGGUUAGCGAAGAAGUUAACGCAACAAGGGGUAAGAGGCCCAUCAUACAAGCUCCUGUUAGGAGACAUGAAGCAGUACGUGAAGCUGAUAACUGAAGCAGGGUCCAAACCCAACGAUCUAACCCAUGAGAUUGUUCCCCGUGUUGAUCCAUUUACGCUGAAUAAUAAUCAGAGCAGAAGGAAAUUGAACAAAGAGAUCACAUCAAUGAUGAGGGAUUUGAUUGAAAGGAAAGAGUAUGAGAUGAGAAUUGGACAAUCCAAUGUUGAUGACUUGCUAGGCAUGCUCUUGCAGUCUAAUGAACAGAACAACAUAACAGAAAAUGCGAGCGGCGCAAAAAGGGAUGGCUUGAGUACUGAAGAGGUAAUAGAGGAAUGUAAGCAGUUCUACCUGGCUGGACAAGAAACAACCUCGAGCUUGUUAACAUGGGCAAUGAAAGUAUUAGCUAUGCACUCAGAAUGGCAAGAAAAGGCAAGGGAGGAGGUUCUACAAGUUUGUGGGCAGAAGGAACCCAAUUUUGAAGCUUUGACCCAUCUCAAGAUUAAGAAUUCAGACCAAAGAAAUUCUUUGGAGGAGUUUCAAGGGCGUUUAAAGAUCAACUAG